AUGUCUUCGCACAAUGCAACAACCAAGAGCUCCAUUCCCGGCAUUUGUACGCAGGUGCUACAGGAGCAUGCUGAUCUACUGGAUCUUUUGAAACGGCUCGAUGAUUACGGUGUCGAAGCUGCUGAAGACGGGCGUUAUAGAUCUGCCGAAGAACUAUACACAGACAUGUUGCGUGCUAUAGACCGGUGCGAUUGGUUCUAUUUAUUGAAGCGAGCAACGAUACGUUACUUGGCUGGUAACCAUGGUGAUGCGCUGGAGGACUUACAACAAGUUAUGCGACUUUGCCCGACCGAUGUGAAUGCCUAUUUGUUGGCAGGCCAUAUUCUUGUGAACCAAGGCCAUUUGAAGGAAGCACUCGAGACAUAUGAAAUUGGAUGUGCCAAUGUGGAUGAGCACGAUACCAGAUACGAAGAACUUUGUUCCGUUGCCAAGGAGACUGGUUGUCAAGUCGACGAUGCACCGCAACAACAGCAACAAGAGGUUCCCAAGGCACCCAAGAAAACGCUCCCCUUUGACAUUGUAUCGCAGAUAUUUGAGAUGGUACCUGUAUCCACGCGCAUACAACUUGCAGCUACAUGCAAAGCUUGGCGUCGUGAUUUGCUAUCAGGAUGGCCUGGCAUGUGGCGUUCAAUCGAGCUUGAUGGUGCAGCCAUACGCAACAAGGAUGUUGUCUUGUCCAAUAUCCCCGGCGACAAGGUGCGUGAGGUGAAGUUUGCCAUUCGUGAAAAGACCAUGAUGCGUGAUGCUUUGAAGGAUAUUGUCAAAUACAAUUGGAACCAGGUGGAGACAAUAGACAUCACGGCACAAAUGGGAAGUCAACGUGGACUACAAGAUCUGAUGAUGCUGAACGCAACGGCACUCAAGCAUAUCCGCAUAUGUCAAAUGGCAAGCCAUUUUGAUAGUACCAGUAUUAGUUGGUUGAUGGGCAUUUUUCAACUUUGUCCUAAUCUUGAAUCUUUUGUAUGUGAUAUUAGGAUCAUCAUCAAUCCCUCUGCUACCACCCCAACAUCGCCACACACUGAUAUCCAUUUUGAAUCCCCUCUCCAUCUCAAACAGCUCUGCCUCAUGACGACCUCCUUGACACAUAUGCUUCCUCAACUGUUGUAUCAUUGUCCCGAUCUUGAAAAACUUACUCUCGAUCCCUCAAGUUACAUUCAUGAUCAACGGUGGAUGGACCGAUUGUUAGAUACGCUUGAAGACCGAUGUCCAAAGUUAUCGAAGCUCGCAUUUAAAACAUGGAUGGACAACAGAGACAUCGCUGGAAGCAUUAUUUCACCUGCUGGUAUCGCCUCUAAUACCACUACUGUUGGCUUGAGGGAGAUUUGCCACGAUGUACAACAUACAACGACACCCACACGAUCAUUACGGCGGUUGAUCAACAAACACGGCAGCACCCUUUACUCAUUCCAAGUCAAUAUCCACAACACCGCCAGCACAUCAACACCGGAUGGGAACGAAGAUGAAUACUCAAGGUCAAGCUAUGCAGCAUGUUUGAUGUUACUUUCACUUGUUCGAUCAAACAACCUUUCUAAUCUUCAUCUUACAUUGGAUCAAGGCAAUACUGACAGCGCCAAGCAACCUGCAUUAUUAACAGCCAUCCAACUCGCAUCAUUACUUGGAUCAUUGCAAGCACUGGAGGUGGUGUAUUUACGAAGUACGACUGUCAACCAUCAUGUGGUAUUUGAAGCGCUUGCAUCCCUUGAACGAUUGAGACAACUUGAUAUCGGCACAAUUAAUUGGCGUCAAUGUUCGAUUCGGGGUAUCAGGACCUUUUUCAGCCAAGCACGAGCAUUGUCAGAUGUUACCAUCAUAGGAGAAGUGGAUGACAAGAUUUUGUGUGCAGCCCAAUACAGCAGCAGCCUUCAGCGUCUUUCAUUUGGCAACUACCCUCAUCGGAUCAGUGAGGAAGGCGUGGCAUGUUUUUCAGAUUGUAUGUUUGAAUCCAAGUUGACCCAUCUAUCCCUCAAGGCUUCCACACGCUACAUGGAGUUUAAAGAUCUGAUGCCAUUGAUUCGACUUCCUAUGCUUUCCAAAGUGGAGUUAUUUGAUUGCGACAUUACAAACGACGAACCAGCAUCAUCAGGCGCCUUUCAACCCAUCUUUCAGUUUAUUCGAUCUAGCAGGAAUGGUGCCAUGCUUACAGUAGUCGUGAAUGCUCAAGCAUAUUAUUACAACAUCUCAAUGGUAGGAAAGAUUGGCAACAACAAUAACAACAGCACCAGCAAAAAGAAGCGGUUUCGAGUUGUCUCUCGUCGCAUGUUCUCCCAAGUAUCAUCCACUGAGUAUUAUGACAUGUAG